AUGACAGAAAAGACGAACCAUUCGUCUCUAAAGCUUAUUGAAGACAAUUAUAAGUUGUCUCUUAAGUUGUUUACAAAUAAAAAUUUUGAAAAUUCAUAUUCUCUUAUUAAAGAUCUAUAUUCAAAGUCAUUUGAUGAACUCAACGGUGGAUUAAUUAAUGAGAAACUCUUCGUAAAGAUAGUUGACCUAUACUUAGUCCAAUUGGGGUUUGGCCUCAAAAACAGCGAUAUGCUUCCUGAUAAUGAAAAGCGAAUUAUACACCAAACACUUUCUGAAGAUUUAAUCAUGAAUGAUUUAAUAACCAUAUAUAAGAGUAGGUCGAAAGUUCCUUACGAAAUACUAUACCACUUGUGUUUAGUGUAUGUUCUUUAUGCUUCUUUAUUUGGCAAGGAAGAUUGGCUUUUGUUUAAAUUUGAAGAAAUCUAUGCUUCUAUCCCUAGUGAUGAACGGGGCAGAUAUCUGAAGAAGAUCACAGAGCAGUACGUGUUUGAGGUGUUGCCUAUUUCUGACAAGUUUGAUUUAGCAAGAAAUAUUAUUGAACAAUCUACCAACUUUAGUGGUGAAAUUGGGGAGUCAAUCGAAAAGUUGAACAGAAUUAAAGAGAAUAAAGAAACAGAAGCACGAAUGGCCAAAGAAAAAGAGAAAGAAAGGCUAGCCAUGGAAAAGGCAAACAAAGAAAGGGAGCUCGAAAAAUCAAAGGCAAUGGAGAAGCAAAACAAUCUUAAAUAUAAAAGCCUCAAGGAGAUUCAGAACCAAUAUGCUAGCGAAGUCGCCCCAGAGAAGAGCAUUACUAGUGAUUCGAAUCAAUUGAAGUCUAAAGUCAUAUAUUUGGCAAAACUCACAAAGCAUUAUCUUAAAGAAAACUCUUUGGUAAUAUUGAUUGUCUUAUUGUGUUUGUUUGGAGCUACAAAGUUUGCAAGGUUGAAUAAUAUUGAUGUCAAGUCUAGAUUGAAAGAAACUAUUCUGAUGGCUUUCAAGAUUAGUUACCUAUAA